UUCAUGAAAACCUUUAACUACAUCACAAUGAUAUGAAACAGGAAAAACACCAACCAUAGAGACAUAAUUGCUUCUCUUGGAGCCAUUUGUUUCUGACAUUUAUGACACAGAUGUCUCUUUUUUUUUUACUCCUCAGACACAACAAGAAAUCCUCGUCCUGGAGAAGUGAAUGGCAAAGAUUAUCAUUUUGUCACACGAGAGGCGAUGCAGACGGGGAUAGAAAACGGAGACUUCAUUGAGCACACAGAGUUUGCAGGGAACAUGUACGGGACGAGUAAAGCGGCUGUGCAAGACGUCCAGGCCAAGAACCUCAUCUGUAUACUUGUGACUGACAUGCAGGGUGUGAGGAGCAUUAAAAGGACCGACCUCAAUCCCAUCUACAUCUCUAUCCAGCCGCCAUCCAGGGAGGUCCUGGAACACCGUUUAAGAGACAGAAAAACGGAGUCAGAGGAGAGCCUCCAGAAGCGUUUACAUGCAGCCAAGUGGAUAUGGAGAUUAGUAAAGAGCAAGGAUUAUUUGAUACAGUAA